AUGUAUAAAAAGAACAGGAUUUUUUAUAUUAUUACAGGAUGCAAGCUGGAUAGUGUGUUAGCCAGGCUUCCUGCGACUCGAUCUCCAGACUCAGCAGAUUCCGGUAGUCUAGGCAGGAAGUCUCCCGGCUUAGGAUGGGACAACGAUACUCCUCUUUGGCUCCUCCUCCACAUUGCCCCCAUCAGGAACGAGAAAGAUCUGGUAGUUCUCUUCCUUCUCACUUUUCGCGACAUCACUGCCCUUAAGCAACCCUUAGAGGAAGAGACUACGAAAGGUAAAAAAAAAGUGGGGCUUAGCAAAUUUGCCCGUCUUGCCCGGUCCGUAACGAAAAGCCGUUCUGUUUUUGUUCAACAAUUUUCCUCUCAUUUGCCUGCCAUCAAAGCAGAUUCCACUAAACAAUCCCAGAUCGCUCAUAUGAUAAGUCUAAAUUCCGAUGUCCUGCCUCAAUACCGUCAAGAAGCUCCUAAAACUCCACCUCAUAUAUUGUUACACUAUUGCGCCUUCAAAGCCAUCUGGGACUGGGUUAUCCUCUGCCUCACUUUCUACACAGCCAUCAUGGUCCCUUAUAAUGUGGCCUUUAAAAACAAAACCUCUGAGGACGUGUCACUACUCGUCCUAGACAGUAUAGUCGACGUCAUUUUUUUCAUCGACAUUAUCCUUAACUUCCAUACAACGUUUGUGGGGCCUGGAGGGGAAGUGGUUUCUGACCCGAAGAUAAUCCGCAUGAAUUAUAUGCGUAGUUGGUUCAUCAUCGACCUCCUCUCGUGUCUGCCUUAUGACGUGUUCAAUGCCUUCGACCACGACGAUGACCAAGGUAUAGGUAGUUUAUUUAGUGCCCUCAAGGUUGUUCGACUUCUACGACUGGGUCGUGUAGUGAGAAAAUUGGACAGAUAUCUAGAAUAUGGAGCUGCCAUGUUGAUUCUACUGCUUUGUUUCUACAUGUUGGUGGCUCACUGGCUAGCUUGUAUAUGGUACAGCAUAGGACGUAGUGAUGCUGAAAAUGGUUUUAUACAUAGUUGGCUGUGGAAGUUAUCAAAUACAACAGGAAAGCAUUUUUAUUAUAAGACUAGUUCUUCAAAUAACAAUUCUCAUGAACUAACAAAAGGGCCUUUAAGAGGUACCAUGUACGUCACGGCCUUAUAUUAUACAAUGACAUGCAUGACAAGUGUGGGUUUUGGAAACGUUGCUGCUGAAACGGAUAAUGAAAAAGCCUUCACAAUCUGCAUGAUGAUCAUUGGAGCGUUGUUGUAUGCAACGAUCUUUGGACAUGUGACAACCAUCAUUCAACAAAUGACAUCGGUAACUGCAAGGUACCAUGAAAUGUUAAACAAUGUGCGAGAGUUUAUGAAGCUACACGAAGUCCCAAAAGCCUUGAGUGAAAGAGUUAUGGAUUAUGUAGUAUCCACUUGGGCCAUGAGCAAAGGAAUUGAUACUAAAAAGGUGCUGAGUUAUUGCCCGAAAGAUAUGACUGCUGACAUCUGUGUACAUCUGAACCGCAAAGUGUUUAACGAGCACCCUGCUUUCCGACUAGCAAGUGAUGGUUGUCUACGAGCUUUAGCUAUGUACUUCACCAUGGACCAUAGUGCCCCUGGGGAUUUACUUUAUCACACUGGAGAGAGCAUAGAUACUCUCUGCUUUGUGGUUAGUGGGUCCCUUGAAGUUAUACAAGAUGAUGAAGUCGUUGCUAUCCUUGGUAAAGGAGACGUAUUUGGAGACUCAUUUUGGAAAGAGCCUUCCAUUGGUCAAUCAUGCGCGAACGUCAGAGCUCUCACUUACUGUGAUCUUCAUGCUAUCAAGCGAGACAGACUAUUAGAAGUGCUUAAUUUUUAUCAUGCCUUUGCAAACUCAUUUUCAAGAAACCUAGUGUUAACGUAUAACCUACGACACAGGUUGAUUUUCCGGAAGGUUUCUGACGUAAAAAGGGAACGAGAGUUAUCCGAAAGGAGAAAAGCGGAUCCCAUACCGGAUAUUUCCCAAGACCAUCUUGUGAGAAAACUAUUUUCCAAGUUCCGAAAAAAUGGAGGAGGUGACGUUGGGAAAUCCAGCAGUUCUAACCAAAUUGCUGCAUUGCCUGAUGUUGAAAGAGGAGAUCUUCUAACUCCUCCACAGAGGGAUACUACCCGUUCUCCCGUUCCUGAAGAAAUGAAUAGAGACGAACAAAUUAGUUCUGAUGCAUGGAAUUAUAAUCCUUCCCUUCUCCGCUCAAAUAACAUUAAUUCCAAACAUGAAGCCACCUUCUUUCGUAAGUCAGCGAAUCUUACCGUUGAAAAACAACCAGAUACAUUUCGAGAAAAAGAAGAACAGGAUUUUAGUGAAUCCACACAGCAAAGGACUGAAAAAAGUACUGAGACAGCAGUAAAAGGGGAUGAAAGUAUAGAUUCCCAGGCUGAAGUUCAGCCUCGUGGGGCUACAGACUCUGCUCCUAAAGACAGUAAACCAUCCACUAAAGAUGGGGUAACACCAUCUAAAGGUGGCGUGAGUUCAAAUGAGUAUCAACAGAUCGUAUCCAGCCUUAUGGACAUGCGAGUAGAUUUGAAACUCGAAAUACAAAGGUUGAAUCUAAAAGUUUCUAGAAUAGAUGAACAUCUUGUGGAGCUUGUUAAAAAGAUGCCAAGGUUACCAACAGCUGAGGAAGCUGAUAGAACUGCUGACGGUUCUCACCGUCGAGGGGGUGAUCAUUCCAAACAUACUUGUAGCAAAGGAGGGAAAAGAGACUCUCAUUCAGGACCUACAAAAAAGAAAGGUCCAAAAUCUAAGAACUGGACAUCUUCACCUCUUGUGCCAUCUUUUAAUGAACCAGCUGUUAGAGCCAUGCUAGAAAAUGAAAUUGAAGAGCUCCAACGCGAAUCGCUUCCAAACGAAACACAAUGAAUAGCACAAUUUAACAGACAAGUGGCCUUUCUUGUCUCAUCAGAAUCAUUAUUUACUUUCAUUUUAGUCGAUUCGGUUUCUUCAGCCUUAACUUAGAUAAAGUUAGAGAGGCUGUCUUGCUCAGACGGACAAAAUAUUAUCCCAUGACAAAAUUUUAUUCAUUUGUUAUAUCUUUCAAUUUAUAACGCAUGACAGCAGCUAGAUAAAGAAAAUCACAAUUUCCAAUUUUCGGUGCUAUGUCACUUAUCACAUCAAUGUUAUAUUUGAGUCUUUUCCUUAUUAUGUCAAUAUUUUAAUCCUUGGGGUGGUGUAUAGUUAAAUAUUGUACAUAAAAUAUAUUUCUACAAAUCAUAUCUGUAAAGUAUAAAUUAAAUCUAUAGAUCAGAUGCUAUCAGGAUCUGUUUGGUGGAGAAGUUAUCCUAUAUUUAAGAAUUGCUGAUUUAUAUUGUGCUCAUUAAUUUGCUCAAUAUUGUUACCUUCCAUUGUUAUUAUUUUGAUAGUAAGUACCUAAGAAUGUGUUAAUCUUCCAAGAUUGUUGGUGAUAUUUAUUGUUAACAAUAACAACUUCCAAAGGAAAUUCUCAUGCAGAUAAUAAAUCUCUUCCAAUUUAAUAAUAAAAAUCAGUUAAAUUGAUUUAAAAGUCAUAUAACUUCCAAGUAUAUCUUAACACAAUUUAAUUACGUAUGCUUAUACUGUCUAAUUCACCCAUUGUGACUUCAUCUUAAAUGGUAAUUGAAUUAUUGUCAACAGUAACAGCUUCUAAAAGAAAUUUUCCUGGUAGAUAAUAAAUCUCAUCCAACUCAGACAAUGGAAUUCCGUUAAACUAAUUUAAAAGUCAAAUGACUUCCAAGUAUAUCUUACAAAAAUUUUAAAAUUAUGUAUGUCUGUAUUGUCUAAUUCACACAAUGUGACUUUAUCGAAAUUGAUAAUUGAAUUAUUGUUGACAGUAACAACUUCUGACAGAAAUUCUCAAGCAGAUAAUAAAUCUCUUCCAAUUGAAAUUAUAGAAUUCCGUUAAACUGAUUUAUAAGUCAUAUAACUUCCAAGUAUACCUUAACAAAAAACUUAAAAAUUCUGUUUGUUUGUACAGUCUGAUUCACCCAAUGUUAUGUCUCAUAAAAUGGUAAUUUAAUUUAUAGUUGACGUAAUUGUGUCUUCUUAACUUGCAACCGUGAUUGGUUUGAAGAUAAAUGAUUUUAAGUAAUAUUCGAGGAACGAUACUGAUAGCUCUUGUAAUGCGAAAAGAAUCAGAAUAAGCUACGUUAUUGUUAUCAUACAAUCAAUCUGUGUCUUAUAAAUUAUUUCAGUAUUUUUUGUCCAAUUGUUACUGUGAAAGUUUUAUUACUUGUUCCGUUUAACUAUCAAAAUUUAAGAAAUAAGUAGAAUAUAAAAUUUUGUUUAUGAUAUCAAUUUUUGUUUUUAGAACUCUUAUCAAGAACAAUUUCUACCCUCGUAUUAAAUAUUAAAUGUUUUUCAAGAAAUAUGUAUGUAUCACUUACUAAGAGUGUCUAUUAUUUGAAUAUUUUUCUCUGAUCGGUAUAUCUGCUGUCAGAUAUUGUUUUUUUCAAUUGUUGUCAUCCAUUGAUUUUAGUAAAUUUAAUGUUUUGUCAUUUGAUAAAAACGAAUUUGGCAGUAAACUAAUUAUUUUAUUUAUCUAUAAAGAAUUCCAAUUGCAAUCGAAUCACCAAAAUUUCUAUGAAAUAUUUGUUUCUAAGUCCUCUUGAGGAAACUUUGCCAAUUUGACCAGCCACCAGAAAGAAAAUAUAUACAUAUAUUUAUCAAAUUAAGGCUGUACCUUGACAAAUUAUUUCCUAGAAACUAUCUCAUUUUCUUAUUGCGCAAUAUCUAUAUACUAAACUGUGAAGUUGGAUUAAUUAAUUAAAUUUUUAAACAUUUGCAAAAGUAUCAUUAUUUGAAAAUGAUUAAACAUAAUAUAUUAAUCAUUAUGAAGCUGAAUAAUUUUGUUAACCGUGUGUUGAAUAUUGUGUUUUUAUGACUUAAAUUGAAAUUCAUCCCGGCUCAAAUUGGAAAAAGUUAACACAGUAAGAAUACAAACAAAAAACAAUCCUUAGCUGCUGAUACAACUAUAAUUGACUGUUCAUUUAUUAUUCAAAAUAUAAAAUGUUUUUUCAUUUAUUAUUUAAAUUACUGAUAAACCUUUUUUUAUUAGUAACUCCAAAAAUGAAAUAUAUCAGUUGUUUUAGAAUAGUUCUUAGCAAAUAUAAAUGUAAGUCUACUGGCUUUUAAAAUUUUGUACGUAAUAUUACUAAUUGCGAUUUAAGUAGACGAAAUUUUGGAUAUCGUAAUGAUGCUCUUUAAAUUAAUAAUAUCAAUGCAGUAGGAUAACUUUUUCAUGGUUUAGGGCUGAAAAUAUUAAAUAUCUUGCUUCAAAACAUAUCUAUGCAAAACAUACUGGAAUACUUUUGAUAAACAUUUUGUAUUAUUUUAAACUCACUAAAGUACUUGAAAUAUUACUUUUCUUUAUAUUAAAAGUUAUGAAAAAUAUGUAUCAUAAUUAAAUUUAAAUUAGUGUGUACAGAAAUAUUUUUGUUAAUGAAUUAGGAUUCUCUAACAAGUACUUUAUAAUAAUGUAGAUUCAUAUAUAAUUUGAUAAGUGUCAUUAAUGCAAUAUAUUGAAACUGAUUUACUAUUUUUAACAUGGCUUAAAAUAUUACGCAUUGUAUCAUUUUACCAAAGAAGAAAACAUUUUGAAUAUGUUUCUUUAGAUAUUCCCUCUCAAUAUAUAUAUAGAUAAGUUUAGAUCAUUAUGUAUAUAAUUAAAUAUUUUUUCAUUAGACUAGAAAAAUAAGAACUCAAUAGGCAACUUGAACAUUCUUAGUAUUUCUUAAACAAUAUUUAAAUAAGUGGUAAAUGAAAUUGCAAGCUUGAAAACAUGAAUCGUUUUCAAACAAACAAUAAAAUCUAAAACAAAUUUGCUGGUUUUCGGGAUUGAUUGAAAAUGUACAAAGCGUUAUUUAAUCAUUUGUUUAUGGUAAGUUUUAAAAACAAAUAAUUAAUGAAAUGCAUUAUUAUGUU